AGCUUCCAUUGCUGUAUCUCAGAGAUUCCAUAUGUGCCUCUAUCUUCGGUGGAUCAUCCUUGCUCGCGCGGGAGCCUCUUGGUGGUGAUGCAUUUCUUGAUGAGCAGUGAAGAAGCCUUCUAUCGAACUUUCGAGUUUGGGGAUAUUCCGAGUACAAGAAAACUGCCCGAAGCGAAUCGUCUGGUGAUUUGUGUCGUCUUUCGGGGUGGGAAGGAGGAUAUGUUCUUGUUCCCGAAAAUCAUUACCAGCAACCCAAGCAAAAUGCCAGCCCCAACAGCACUCAAGAAACUUGAUCAGACAACAGCGGCCGGCACACCCGUCACUCAGGCUGCUAUAGAUGACGAAGUUCUAAUUGAUGCCCAGACAUCAGCGGAGCAAAGCGUACCGGUGUUUGUCUCCGCAGAAGAAAAUGCCCUAGACACCGACAUGCGCAUUGAUGAGGAGGGUCGGCCAGUUUUUACGCCAGCAAAGGAUACCAAUACUGUAUAUCGAGUAGAAACUCGGAAGGUGCCUGUUCCUCCACAUAGGUUUUCGCCUCUCAAGGCCUCCUGGAGUAGAAUAUACCCCCCGCUAGUUGAGCACCUCAAGCUACAGGUGCGCAUGAAUAUCAAAAGCAGGGCGGUUGAGCUACGUACUUCUAAAUUCACUACCGACACGGGCGCACUACAAAAGGGCGAAGAUUUUGUCAAAGCCUUUACACUUGGGUUCGAUGUUGACGAUGCUAUUGCAUUACUCAGAUUGGAUGACCUCUAUAUCCGAUCAUUUGAGAUCCGUGAUGUUAAAGCAUCGCUCCAUGGAGAACAUCUCAGCCGCGCUAUUGGACGGAUUGCGGGCAAAGACGGCAAACUUAAGCACUCAAUAGAAAAUGCCACCCGUACUAGGAUUGUCCUCGCAGAUCAAAAAAUACACCUAUUGGGUGGCUAUCGCAACAUCCUGGUUGCACAAGAAGCUGUUGUCAGCUUGAUUCUCGGAAGCCCACCGGGCAAGGUAUAUGGUAACUUGCGCAAAGUGGCAUCACGCAUGAAAGAGCGCUUUUAAUGCCCGCGUACAGUUUUUUUUCUACUAUUAUUUUUUCUUUUAGAUCUCUUUUGACCAUGGUACUGGCGUUAAAGGUGGAAACGAAAAUGGCUUCGACAUAAUUGACAUGAUGGUGAAGAAAAAGUGGUUUACACCAGAAUUAUCGUAUCCAUGCUUUUAUACCAUGAGUAACGAAAUACCGGAAUGAACUUGAUGAGACGCAAUGUCGAG